AUGCUCGCCGCUACAUCUGCUCCUCGUAUUGCCCCGAACAAGAGGACGGUACUCGAUGCUCGGAAACGACAAUUUGCCAAAUCCACACAUGGACCAGAGGAAUACCCGCAUCGCCUCAACUUCUAUGUCGUCCCACCGUCCGGCGAUAUCGCCCUCGAGCAGUUUGAAGAGUGGGCGAUAGCACGACUGAAGGUGCUGGCCGAGCUGGAAUCAUGUCAGUUCCGCAAUCGGACCCCAGCCGAGACGGAGGAAUAUAUGAAGCCGGUAUUGGACAAAUACAUGCGAUUGAGCAGUAAUGCGAGCCGAAGCAGCGAUAUUGAGGGCGAACGGAAACGAGACCACUACAGCCACUGGACCCUCCGCCUCGCCUUCUCCAGCACCGCCGACCUCCGACAACGCUUUGCAAGACUAGAAGCACAACUCUUCAAACUACGCAUGCAGAGCGACGACACGCGGGAAAGACAGGAAUUCAUCAAGACCUUACCCAUGAGCUGGGAGACGCUCAGCGAGGAAGAGAAAGCCACCUGGCUCGAUCAACUCAAAGCAGCCACCAACGUCAAACGCGACGAAGAAGAAAGCUGGUUCAAAGUCGACUGGGAAAAAGUGCCCGGACUAGUCGAACGUCGACAAUGCCUCCUCAAAAAGGGCACCGCCUACGUCCACGUCCGCGAACAACAAACAAUGGUCCUCAACGAAUUCGCCCGCCAACUGGAAACCGGCCUGGAACUCUCCGCCCGCUUCCUGCCCCGCAUGGACGAGGACAACCGCCUCUCCCCGAUCCUGCACCACCUCUCCCAGUCCUUCGUGGCCCCCGAUGCAGGCUACACCGAAAGCAGCAGUAUCGGCGACAUCACCAUCCCCACCGCCGCCGCCAUCGACGGUCUAGCCCAGCAUUUCCCCCUCUGCAUGCAGAACCUCCACCGCGAACUCCGCAACAACAGCCAUCUGAAGCACUUUGGCCGCCUGCAAUAUACCCUCUUCCUCAAAGGCAUCGGCUUGAAUCUGCAAGAAUGCAUCCUCUUCUGGCGCAAGUCCUUUAAGCUCAUCGCAGACGACAAAUUCAAAUCCGACUACCUCUACAACAUCCGCCACGCCUACGGCGACGUGGGCGGGGACUCCAACCGCCGCGGCAAAGGCUACACCCCCUACUCCUGCCAAAAACUCCUGACCGAACCCGCCCCCUCCGCCGGCCAGACCCACGGCUGCCCCUACCGAACCUACAGCCCAGAUAACCUCCUCACCCUCCUCCAAGCCGUCGGCGUGACCGAUCGAGCUCUGCUGCAAGGGGUGCGGGAGGAUGUGGGCAAGCAGAGAUUUCAUAUUGCUUGUAAUCGGGUUUUUGAGCAUGGGCACAAGGGGCAGUUGAGGAAGGUUAAGGAGGAGGGACUUUGGGCGGCCGGGGACCUGGAUACCAUCCUGCAUCCUAAUACAUACUUUAAGCGGUCUUUCCUGCUCAAGAAUCUGGGCAAGAUUAAAGCUGGGGAUUUGGGGGUCGAUGGGCCGGAGUCGAGUAGUGGUGGCGGUCGGGAGAAGAUGGAGGAGUAG